AUGCCGUCUUCAACGCCAGAGCCGCGGCCCGUCUGCCCCAGCGCUGGCGCCGGCCGGCGGCGUCUCCGGCGGCUCCUGACGACGCCGCCGGCCUCGCCGAAUCGCAGCCCCGAGCGACGUGACCCUUCGCAGGUGCUGUCGCCUGCCCUGUGGGCGCCGCCGACACCGCCCCCCCUCCUGCGAAGUCCCAGCACGGCUGCUGGCGGCCAGCGACAACGCCUCCCGACGACACCGCCGGCCUCGCCGAAUCGAAGCCCCGAGCGCGGGGACCCUCUGCAGGUGCCAUCGCCUGCCUUGCGGACACCGCUGCAGACGCCGCCGCUCCUUCGAAGCCCCAGCGCGGGUGCUGGCAUCCAGCGCCUCCAGCGGCUCCUGACGACGCCGCCGGCCUCGCUGAAUCGAAGCCCCGUGCACCAGGAUACUUCGCAGGUGUUAUUGCCUGCAUUGCGCAUGCCACCGCUGCCGACGCCGCCACGGCCCGUGCCAGGGCUCGUCUCCCCCAGCGUGGGUGUUGGCGGUCAGCGCCUCCAGCGUCUCCUGACGACGCCGCCAGCCUCACCGAAUCGAAACAACGAGCAGGACCCUUUGCACGUGUUAUCACCUGCCCUGCGGACGCCGCCGCCGCCGACGCCGCCGCGGCGCAGUUGCGAGGCAGCGUCGAGAGCCGCUCGUGGACCCGACAGAGGUGCGUGCAGCAAGCCGUGCAGUGCUGCUCGCAGUAGGCCGUGCAGUGCUGCCCUGGCGGUAGGCCUCGGCCUGAGCGAGUACUCCCCUGGAGGCGACGGAUCCCCACCUCGAGACGUAUUGCAAGAGGUCGCACGCGUAUUUGCGUCCUGCGAUUGGGAGAGCGCCACAGUCGCCAACGCGGUGCCGCGGCUCGUGCGGCUGAACGCCCACUUCCCCACCGCUUUCGCAGAGGCGCUGCUGCAGUGUGCGCGAGUCCUCCUGGCUUCCGUGGACGCUCGCGGGCUCUGGGCCCGCACGUCGGCAAACCUGGUGGAGUUGCUCGCCGCUGCUGCCGCGCACGCGGAGGCCUCGCGCGACUUGGAGCAGGACCCGCCAGCGUUGGGCCCGCUGCUCACGCUGGUGCUGGAGGUGCUUGGCGGCCAGGACGCCGUCGAGGCGCCUCGCGACCGCGGGACGCGGCUGCGCGGCGCUGAGCUGUUGUGGAGGUUGCUGGCUGCGGCGCCGGCAGAUGCAGGCACCGCGGGAGCCCCCGCCGCUGCUGCGGCCGAGAGCGUCCUGUUGCGGCUCGCCCGUGACCGGGUUCCCCAGGUACGCGCGGCGGCCGCACUGGGGUUGGCGCUGCUGCCCAGCAACGAGGCCACUGGUGCACUGGCGCUCGCAGCGGCACGAGAUCCCAGCGCUAAGAUUCGCGUCACUGCGCUAGCGCAGCUGCAGAUGAGGGAGGGGGACCUCCUCGACCACAAGACACUGGCGCUCCUCGCCAGCCGGGCAGCGGACACGAGCCCUGCCGUGCGGCGCAGGCUCUUCGCGGCGUUGGCGCCGGCCGCGGCGUUGUCGUCGCAGCCAUGGGCGGCCCGGGCAGAAAGCCUUGGGCGACUGCUCUCCAGCGGCCUGCGCGAUUGCUGCAGGGAGGUCCGUAUGGAGUGCGAGGCGACGAUGCGCUCGUGGCUCUCGGCAGACCACAGCAGCGGCGGCGUGCUGGCCCUCGUGAGAUCGCUCGGUGCGACGGGGAGCCCCGCCCAAGAGGCAGCUGCGGAGGUGGCGCUGCAGAAUCUUGCGGAGUGGCCCGGGUGGCAGGACGUCGCCAGCCCGUUGGCCAACGCAUUGCUGCGGGGGGCUGGUGCCUUGGAGCCAGAAGAGGUCUUGGUAGCUCGCUGUGCGGUGAUCCGUGACGCCGCAGACUGGGGCGUCCCUGGUGACGUUUUGGGCGCACCCGUGCUGAAGCGUGCCUUGGCGGCCGCCGACGCGGGCCACGUCUUCGAGCUGCGGCAGAUAUUGCUGGUGCUGCUCAGUGCGCGGGCAGCGGACUGUGCUGGCAACCGACAGUUAUUGCAUGUAGCGACCGCGGUCCUGCUCCGGGCGCCAGCGGAGCGCGACGGUAGUGACUUCGUGCAGGCAUUCGCAGCGGCACCUCGCGGCCGGCAAGCAGGCGGCAACGCCAGCGCGGAGAUUUUCCAUUUGGCGGUGAGCUUGGCCCGCAGGGCGUUGGGGAUUUGCCCUGGACGAGGGGUGGCGUCCCAGCGGCUGGAGGGCGAGUUCUCCGAUGCCAUGUUGGUCAUAUUGCAGGUCCUUUGCGGCACGCCGGCAGAAGAUGGCGCCCCGCAGCCGUCGCAGCAGGGCCCCGAGUCUCUGGAGGCCCUCGGCUGCCGCGCACAAGGCGCCUUGCGCAGGGCGCGGGAGGCGGCAGGCGAGCUGGAGGCACUGCGCGCAUCCCGCCAGGGGCUGCGCUGCGUGGGCGCUCCUGGGCUGCUGGUCGAGGCCAACGCAGCCGCCGCCGAAGCCACCGCUGCGGAGGUGCUGGCCGAGCUCGGGGCGCGGCUGUGGCGCGUGCUCGGGAUAGCGGAGGCUGUGCUGUCGCACUCUCGCAGGGACGUUUGCGAAGACUUCGCCCUCAGCCUCCUGCUCGAAGACGUGCUGCGCCCGGCUCUCGCGCACGCGGAGGCUGCGGCAGCCCACGACAGGGGCUGCGCGCAGUGGCCGCGGCUGCGGACACUCGCGCUGCGCUGCGUUGCCCUGCACGCCUCGAUGUCAGCGGACACCGCCAUCCAACAUUGGCCAUUCUUUGUCUCGGUGCUUGCCAGCUACGUGCCGGCCGUCCUGAGCCCCCCGCCGGGCGACAGUGACGCGGCGUUGUCGGUCGAGCAGGUGGUGGAGCAGUGCAUCCUCUUCCUCGCGGACGCGCUGCUGGUACACCGGGAGGACGACGCCGACGUCACGCGCCGCUUAUCGGAGCUCCUCUCUGCCAUGGCGCCGCUGCUGGGCGCGCGGCAUGCGCCCCGCGGCCAGGGGCCAUCUUCCCGCCUGCGAGGCGUGCUGGCGCAGAGGCUAUGCACGCUGCUGCUCUACACCAGCCCCGGGCAGCUCUGCGCCCCAGGUUCGGCCGAGGCGCUCGGCCUAGCGGGCGGGUUGCGCUGGGCGCUGGCGUGGCUCCUGAUGGAGGCAUUCCUGCGGCCGCCCGAGCCGCCAGAGCGCAGGUCGGACGAGGCGGAGGCCGAGGAGGGCGCGGCCACGCGGGGGUGCUUGCUGCGUUUCCUCUGCCUGCUGCCCAGACUGUCGGGAGGGCACCUGGCCUUGCUGGCGGCUGCCGCGGAGGGGUUCCUGUCGCUGGAGCUCUGGCGGCUGGGCGCGCUGGUUCGAGUCGGGGCCGGGCUGCGCUGCUGCGCGUUGUCGCUGCCGCGCUUGGUGCGCUUCUUGGGCAGGCAGAUUGCCACAGCGGCGGGCGAGGGUGCGGGCACGGCAGAGGAGAGGGCGCGGCUCUGGCAGCAGAGCCUCUGGCGCCCGCUGGCCCUCGCGUGCCUGGAGAGCGCGGCGGUGGAUUCUGCAUCCUCGGCGGAAUUGCCGCAGGCCUUGCUCGCCGCUCUGCCCGUGAACUCUGAGGGCGCCGACGCGGCCGCCGCGGUCGGCCCAGGGAGUGGCGCGGGGUGCGAUGUGGCCGAGCUCGCCUGGGUCCCAGCGUCGAUGCGGUCGGCCUUCGUCUCGGAAGUGGCCUGGGUGCUCAACCGCGCUGUGGAGCUGUGGGGCUGGAAUUCCGCCGCCGCCGGGCGUGGCGUGGACCAGCUGCCGCAGCGGCUGAUUCGUCUCCGCAGCGCGCUGGCCCCUGCCGCGGGUCUGCCACAGGACGUGAACUGGGCAUCCGAGUACGUGAGGGCAGAUAAGGCCCGGGCGCAGCUGCGGGAAGCCGUCGAGGGCCUCGGGGUCGACGUGGUCGGCAUCCUCGCGACCGUGGCCGUUCACACGAGCGAGGCGGCCGCCUCUUCCAGGCAGCGCCGCGACAAUGCUGGGCCCUCCCGUGGGCGGCGCGGCGCCGGCCCGAUAGCAGCGGCCAACAGGCUGCCCUUCUCCCUGGCUCGGCCCCAGGGCGCCAAACGCGCCGCCAGCCGCGCGCCUGUGGGGUCCAGCGCCGCGCGCUCCAAGAGACUGCACCUGAUGCCCGCGGUGCCCCCAGGGCCAGGGCCGCUCGGGGGCAGGGAGGCCGCUCGGAGCGACAGGCCCGGCAGCUGGCAGGCGCCGCCGGCACUGCCGCCCGCGGCGGGCGGGCCUGCCGCCGCCUCCGCACCGGGUCCAGCCCGCCAGGCGGGGUCGGCGGCGGCGCUGGACGCAGGCGUGGCAGACCUGGAGCGGCAGCAGCGCGAGGAGUGGGCGGAGCUCCGGAGGGAGGCCUACGAGUGCAGCCAGAGGUUCCGGGCGUCCGUGGCGCGCGUGCAGGCGGAGGCCGCCCGUCGUCUGGAGGAGCUCGCCGGCGUGGCGGCCGCUGCCGGGGAGGAGCUGGAGGCGCUGGGCGCGCGGGAGCGCAUCGAGGCGGCGGACGGCGUGGACCAGGAGGCUGUCCGCGCCGUUGCCCUCCAGACGCGGUCGCUGCUCCUCAGGGCGAGACGCGAGCUCGAGGCCGCGGUCGAGAUCUGCCGCCGCGGGGUUGCAGGCGCGACGUCGGGGGGCGCUGUGAGCGCCGCGGGGUCAGCGGCGUGA